UUUUUUUAGACAAACCAUAUAACACAGACAUCAGCCAUUCUCCAAAUAAGACAACAUUUUGUCUUGGGAGUCUCAUAACUAUUACUUGUACAUCGAAUGCAAACCCUCCCGUUAAAAAGUACUCUUUGUAUCAAAACGAGGAGUUGGUUCAGGGAAACAAUACUGGUUUAUUCAAAGUGAUGCUAGACAAAACAGGGACAAACAGGUUUAGGUGUGAACCUAAAAACAAGAUUGGAGUCGGGGAAAGCAAAAGUUUAACUCCAAUCAACGUUAAAGAACCACCGAAAAUCAGUAACUGUGCGAUAUACGAAGGCGAAAAGGGAUAUGCUUCAGCAGUUGAAGGAAGAAAUGUAACUCUGAGGUGUGAUAUCUCUGGUAGUGAGCCGUUAAACAUAACAUGGACUAAUGGACGGCAAGUGUGGCAUGACAACACUGUCACAUUUGAACCAGUCAACAGGAGUGAUACCGGUACUUAUAAUCUGACAGUGAGCAACGGAGAGGAAUGUAACAAAGCAGAAACGAGUUACUACCUAGAUGUGUAUUACAAACCGGAAAACACAAAGAUCAGCCAUUCUUCAAAUACAUUAAUAUCUUGUCUUGGGAGUCUCAUCAACAUUACUUGUACAUCUAAUGCAAACCCUCCCGUUGAAAAGUACUCUUUAUAUCGAAACGAGGAAUGGGUUCAGGAAAACAAUGCUGGUCUAUUCAAAGUGAUGCUGGACAAAACAGGGAUAAACAGAUUUACCUGUAAACCUGAAAACCAGAUUGGAGUGGGGAAAAUCAAAAGCUUAACUUCGAUCAACGUUACAGAACCACCGAAAAUCAGUAACUGUGCGAUAUACGAAGGCGAAAAGGGCAAUGCUUCAGCAGUUGAAGGAAGAAAUGUAACUCUGAGGUGUAUUAUCUCUGGUAGUGAGCCGUUAAACAUAACAUGGACUAAUGGACAGCAAGUGUGGAAUGACAACACUGUAACAUUUGAAACAGUCAACAGGAGUGAUACCGGUACUUAUAAUCUGACAGUGAGCAACGGAGAGGAAUGUAACAAAGCAGAAACGAGUUACUAUCUAGAUGUGUAUUUUCCAGCAACAACCUGGAACUUCACCUUCACUAUUACCAAGAAGAAUCUGAGAACUAAAAGAGAGGCCAUCGAUCUAAAUACAAUAGCAGCGAUAUUACGAGAUAUAUACCAAGAAAAAUCGUAUUUUAAAGAUGUGAACGUACUAGGAUUUGUUCAAGGGAAUGUAAUCGUGAAUUUUCAACUUAUCGUCGUGGGAGCCGCAGCUGAUUAUCUCCAGCCCCUUAAAAACGCCGUCAUCGAAAAAUCUCCAAAGCUUCGUGGGUUAAUUAUCGACUUAAACAGCAUUCAGAAUGGUUUAUUUGCUCCAACAACUUCCCCUACGACGGGAAUUAAAAUUACAACACUGUCGACUGAACCUACAACAUCACCCACUCUAACUGAUGCAAUGAUUAUAGUUAUCGUUGUCGUGGUCGUUGUGUUACUUAUUUUCAUAAUCAUGGUGAUUGUUUGUUACUGCAAAAAGAAAAGACAAAAGGACAAGAAAAAUUGUGUUGUGGAAAAAGUUGUCGUUGUAACAGACGGGGCAAGAGACAAUGAUGGUUAUUCUCCAUCUCAGUAUGCUCAUCAUGGACCAUCACAUAUCGAUCCUGCUUAUGAUUCAGUGGAAGUGAGAAAGGGUGCAAAAAACAAGAAUGACAAUCAAACAAAAUCUGGAGGUGAAGGAGGGGGGCCUACGUAUGCUGCAGUAGAUAAGACCAAGAAAAAUAAAAGAAAGAAACCUGAUGAGGUGACGUACGCAUCCUUAGCAGACACUCAACCACCAGGUGGUCGUGGUGGCAUUGUCCUUGAACCCCUUCGAAAGGGUCAGCAUACUAAAAUGCCUGACAAGUACGAGGAAACUACCUACGCGAAGAUUGUUGGGACCAAGAAACCGGCUAGUGGCAAUCAGAAUGCUGCUGGUGCUAGUAAUAAUAUCCCUUUGGCUGAUAUGCAUGGUCAAGGUGCUGAAACAGAGUCAAAGCCUUCAGACCAGACUGCAGACCCAGCAAAGCAAAAUGACCACAAACCAGCCACCAAUAAAAAAGAAAAGCCACCGGACAAUCAAGGGCAGCCUCCGACCAAAGAGGAUUCUGCAGCAUGAAUAGUACCUAUCAUGUGGUAGUCACAUUGGUUAUACCUAUCUGUAUUGCUAUCACUUUUCUACCAAUCUACCAUGAGAUUAACAAUAUUCUACCAAUCCAUUAAUCUCAUCUACUAGUAAUAAAUUUAACAAUAUUCCACCAAUCUACUACUCUAAUUUACUAGUGAUGAGUUUAAUGUUCUGCAAAUCUAGAUACUUGUAUUUCAACAGAUAAUAGCAUAGCCGGUUUUUUUUUUUUUAUUUUUUUGCUUAGUACAACUUAUGUACUGUUGUAUCUGUGCAACGAGUUCAAUGAAAUUGGGGUCAUUGCAUUUUAAUAGAGUUUUUGCACCAUCACGUGACGCAAGCUAUGCAAAAGCAGUGCAAAAACUGACGUAUGUUGGGCUAACGGGUUACUAUACAUCUUGAACCUAUGCAUGUAUCAUGAAUAUCAUGUAUCUUGUCAUUUCGUGAUUCCCAAAUUUAAGAUUGAGAAAUGCACUAAAUGUAUCUGCUACAAUAACCGCAUUUAACUGAUUAUAUCGAAAUAUACGAUCUUCCUAGAAAAGUAGAACUGUCUUGCUUGCUUGAAGCUGGCUGUUUGCCUGUGCCAUUGCUUGCAGUACCAAUACGAGGUGUUUUGCUUUCAAGCUAAACAAGAUAGAAGCAGACGGGGGAGGUAUUUUCUUUCCUUGAAUGCUCAUUAUUAACAAGGAUAGCUGCAUGUUAACUGUUAAAAGUGCAUCAUUUAGUCCAACCCAGCUUAUCAGUGUAGACAGCCUAACCUAUUUUCUUGUAUUAUAGCAAUACCUUUAUAACUAAKGCAUUGCUGCAUAGGUCACUAUCCCCAACCUGUAGAUUAUAUUUGUAGAUGAUGCAGUUGUUAAUUGCUSCGAGCCGAAAGGCGAGCAGCAACACUGAUCUUUGCUUACGGGAAGCCUGUGCCAAAUGCCAGAAAAAAAAAUCGAUUAGUGUCUGUCAUUCUGUGAGCAUUUGCGAAGCAUGCAGUCUAUAUGAUCAGCGGUAUUUGUCAUCGCUGUACAUAAGCUACUGAAUGCACACCAAGCACUUGGUCCGACAAAGUCAUUGACAUUAAUGCAUGUGAAGUAUAAAAAGAGMUUUUUCAUCUUCUUCUAAGUUGUCAGAUGCAUUGCGCUCUUUUAGUGUGUACCUUGCGGGGUUACAUCAUUGAUUUCUAGAUCCUCAGUUCUGGGUAGACUGUGUUCUGUGUUUUUUUACGAAACCAAACAAAGUCAUUGAUAUUGACACAUUUGAACUAUAAAAGAAAGUUUUCAGGUCAUCUUCACAGUUUUUAGCAUUUGCUAA